AUGCAAGGCAGCGAGACCAUGAAGUUGAAAGGAGGGGACGCAACAUACCGCAAGGCAUGGCGAAAGAUUUGCCAGGUCAGCCUACUACUAGAUUAUCAACAGACAUAUGAUCGCCUCGGUGUUACUGUGUUUCAGAAGGUGUUAAGUUCUUAUUGGGAGGGUAUCCCUGAAAUUUUGAAGGGUUUGGAGAAAGACGGGUAUGUACAGGAUAGCAGCAAUGGCUGUUGGAUUCAAAUUGGAGGGGGAGACCCUUUACUUGCUGUGAAAUCCAAUGGCGAUUAUAACAAUGCGUUAAUUGAUCUCGCUGCUCUUUGGCAUUAUUUGAAAAAAGAAAAUGCUGAGUGGAUAGUCCACAUGUCUGACAAUUCUCUAAUAGAUUAUACGCAAACCAUUUUUGCGGCUGCGGAACACGCAGGCUGGCUUGGUGAAUGUGAGAAGCAAUUGACUCACGUGGGGUACGGUCUUGUUCUGGGCGGUGACAAGAAGGAAUUGGCUGGUUCCUCCAGCACUUUGCUUGAUAAAGCCAAGCGUGUUUGCAGAGAGUAUAUUGACGAAAUGGAGAUGGCAGCAAGGUGGACAUGGGAGGAACGUGAACAAAUUGCAGAUGUAAUUGGCUGUGGAGCAAUUAAGUACAAUGACUUAAAAAAUGAUCAUUCAGCCGACUAUAUGCUGAGUUUAUAUGAUAUCCUCUCAAAUCAGGGAGAUACUGGUGUUUCUCUCCAGUUUGCACUUGCUUGUGCACGUUCUGUGAUCAGUAAAUCUGGGGUACCGAUGAACGAACUAAAGAUGAUAAGUGCCCAGGAUGUUACCAUUGAGCUGGAUGCUGGCCGAAAGAGUACUGAAGGGCGUUUGUUGGGUUUGCAGCUUAUCAAGUUUGCCGAGGUUAUUCAAGAGGCGGUCUUGGCAGUCAGACCAAGUGUUCUCUGUCGCUACCUUUACGACCUUUCGUUGGUUUUUCGAAGAUAUUACAAGGUUCAAGUUGAGGCUGAGGUCAAGACUGAUAGCAUUCUGUUGUUAUGCGAGGCGACAGCAAUAGUGAUGGAAAAAUGUUUUGAUCUGCUUGGCGUUCAACCAGCCAGAAAGUUAGAAAGAUUCCAUGAUUAG